AGUGCGACGGAAGAUGAGUCACAUCCUGCCCAAGGCUAGGGCACGGCGCACUGUGCGGCUCCGUCUGGAAGAAGCUCGCUUAGUUUCAAUGAAACGUCUUCGAUAGUUUUAACAGCACUGUUCAUGUCAAAGUAAAGAAGGGCAAGAAGAUUACAUUAAGAACAGAAAAAAAACAGAGGAGCCUGGAAAAAAAGCAAGACCCCCAAAGAAAAAAACUACUUUUUGCGAAAUUGACUUGCAUUAGAAAUGAACGUUGGAGAAGAAGGUAUUUUCCAUGGUGCUGAUGCGAGAAUGGAUGAACUGAAAUCAAUAAGCAAUGACGCGCUAAUUGAUCUGACACAGCGCUACGGUCAAUCUGCUUUCAGCUUCGGAGCUGGCCAUGGUGCUGGAAGUGCUGGGCGCUAUCCCGGAUCUGUAGGUGCUGAUUUCCUUACGAGUCAAACAGCAAAGUCUACGGAAAGCGGAGGUGAGCACACAAGCGACGAGGACGACGACAGCUUUGGCCCGGUGGAUUCAAAAGGAGGCCCCGCAUUUGGCGCAGAUAAACGCACCAAAAAGCCCAAGGAACAGAGAUCACUCCGGCUGAAUAUCAACGCAAGGGAGCGAAGGAGAAUGCACGAUCUAAACGACGCCUUGGAUGGUCUUCGGUCAGUGAUCCCUUAUGCUCACAGCCCUUCUGUAAGAAAACUUUCCAAAAUCGCUACUUUGUUGUUGGCCAAGAACUACAUCUUAAUGCAGGCACAGGCUUUGGAGGAAAUGAGGAGGGUAGUGGCUUAUUUGAACCAGGGACAGACACUAACUUCUCCCAUUCCCGCAGCCCUGGCCCCCUUUGGACAAGCAGCCGUGUAUCCAUUCACCGGGACCGCUCUGGCCACCUGUGCCGAAAAAUGUACUACUUACACCGGAGCACCUUCCAGUCUCUUCAAACACUGCAGCGAUAAACCUUGACGGAGCUUGCCUAUGCACACUUCCAGCCAUGCACCCAUCUGUCAGUCUUUCUACUUAUUUGCGUCAUUUUGUUGGGAAAGGACAUUGUUAUCAUACAUAACCCUAAACUAUAUUUAAAUAACGGCUGAAACGUUUCACCCAGAUUUAAAAUACGAUAAUAUAAGAUCUUUCUUUAGCAAAGACUAAGAUUAGUUUUGGAAAUGAGCAUUCAAAAACGCUGUUAACCUUAAAGAUGUCUCUCUCUCUCUCUUAAUUUAACUUAAAAAUCCUUUGCAGUCCUAAUGAAUCAAUGUUCAUGUCAUUUACAGAGUUACAUGCGAGAAUUAUAUUAGUGACAAUGCCUGUUUUAGAGAUUUGCCAUAAAUGAAAGUCUUAUACCAUUACAGGAUAUGUAAACGGUUUAACUGUGAUCUAUGCAACAUCACUACAUCGUGUAGAUUAUCUGUGGAUGUGGAUCUAUUGUAAUUAGUGUUUAUAAUGCUCGAGGUGUCUGUCGACUUGUACGGGGUUUUGCUACUAAAUGAAAUAUCAUUACAUCAAAUCAAAUGUAAAAGUUAUAUUAUGUAAGAUAUUCGAGCUGUGUUGAAAAUGUUGACUUUGCUAUUGAACAAAUCACUCGAUUGUACUGUAUGUCUGUGCGAUACUUCUAGGAAUCAAAGAUUUGGAUUAUAAGGUCUUGAUUUUAAAAGUUUUAUUCGCUUGUGCUGCAAACAUUGAAUUUCAUAUAUUGUUUAUAUGUAUUUAUAAUUAAAAAAAAAAAAAAAAUGCCUGA